UACCCACCAUAAACUGGAGAACAAUGGAAUUUAUGACACCUCUAGGCACAUAUACGCACAGAGUAGAGGUGUUCAAUCUCUUGAACUUCUCAUGAAACAGCAGAAGAGAAGAGCAGGCAACAAUGGACUGCUGCAUCUGUGGUGCCACGGCCUCUUUUUUCAAGCCUCCAAGGAACUCCAUCUGCUCCAGCUGCUAUGAGGGAGCCAAAGGCUUGAUGGCUUUCUCCAAGGAGCUAGACGGCAAUCAAGAUGCCGGCAUUCCUAAAAAUUCUCAUGGCUUGAAACCCAACAUAUCCCAGGGGUUAUUAGAUGCUUUCAAGCAUGUGAAGAAGAUAAAGGAGAAGGGGGAAGAACUGAAUGAGAAGUUGAGCUUUCUGGAUGGUCUUGUGUUGGCGUUGAGGGAUGGGAUCCACACGGACAUUAUGGUGAAACCAGGCACGGGGGCUCCUAUAGCUGCCCAUAGAGCUCUGCUGGCUACAAAGUCCGAAAUCUUCAGGACAAUGCUAGGCUCAGAUGUAUGCAAAGCCCCAGCAGAGGAUACCAUCUCUCUCUCGGAGCUCAGCCAUGACGAGCUCAAAUGCCUCCUGGAGUUCCUCUACGCCGGUUGUUUGCCCAAGGGGAGUGCAGACAAACACCUAUAUUCCAUGUUAGUAGCAGCGGAUAAGUAUGACAUCCCCUUCCUCAGAAAGGUCUGUGAGCAUCAGAUACUAGACUCCAUGGACUCAUCAAAUGCGCUUGAUAUCCUCGAGGUUUCAGAGGUUUGUUCCAAUAGAAUGUUGAAGGAUCACGCCAUGAACUCAGUUGUCAGGCAUGUGGAGGAUGUUGUGUUCUCCACGAGAUACGAUGAAUUUGCUCUGAAGAAUGCUCGUCUUUGUGUGGAGAUCACAAGGGCUUUUCUCAGGGAGAUGAAGGAUAAAAAAGAACAUGGGACGUCCAAUUGAGUUGGAGAAAUUUUUAAGUUGAAGCCUAUUUGAUGUUUAAACGACCACAUGAUAGAAGAUCAAAUCAGUGGGGAAUAUGUUCCAUUGUGGACAUGAAUGCAUAUUACUACAGCGAAAUGAGUGACGAAUGCUCGCCCAAUUACAUGAAGAAGCUGUGUAUUGAAAUUUUCUUUCUUUUUUUUUUCAAAAAAAAAGAAUUAAAACCAUAGAUAAGAUUUAAAACAUA